GUCUUAUUAUGUCCAUAGUACAAAAUUGGAUAAACGUUGUCGCAAAUGCGAUACUAGGCGUCAUCAUGAUUGUUCGGUUACGUGCUGUUCAUCAGGGAUCCAGAAAGGUCAUGAUAUUUCUCAUUGUUGCCUUCCUGGCUGUCAACAUCAUCGACUGCGCUUUCGCCGUAACAGCAACGAGCCAUAUGUCAGGGGAGGAGCUCAUUCUUUCUUGCACCUAUCAGUGUAAUGUCACCUUCAUGGGGGGAGAUAAUACACUUCUGUAUACCGUGACAUGGAUACUCACUACCGCAUGGGAGGUCGCCGCACUAUGUCUCACAGUCUGGAUUGCUGUAAAGCACUUUCGUGAAAUGCGACAGUAUUCGGCAGGAGGUAUCGUCGAGAACUGUCUUGCAGUAUUAAUAGAAUCUCAUGUGGUUUACUUUGCAAGGUCUGUUGCUGCUUCUUUCCUCGAGCUUGGUUAUUUGUCUCCAGCAAUCUCAAAGCCGGAUCCAUAUUCCCUAGGACCUCCGAUUUAUGCUGGUGUUGCUAGUAUUUUUUCUCUCAUGCAGUUAUUUGUGCUAGGACCGCGCUUGAUCCGAUCGUGGCUGACUCCGAUGCAGCAACAGGCACGAGUUCGAUUGUUUUUCAGGAGCGCGUGCAUGUGCGGACUAGCAGUAGUGUUUAGCACGAGACGUGCUCAAUGGGAUCAAAAGAUGUAGAGAACUCUUGCGGCAGCAGAAGAAUAAAAUGCUCGCUGUGGCACCUAUUUAUUGAUAUAUUUUGGAGUGUAGGUAAUAUCUCCAAUUACUUACUGGGUUGCAAACAGACUUCAUUCUGGUGUGUAAACUGGCUAGUACGGUACGCAA